UCAAACGUGAAUUAUAUAGGUUAUGUUCAAAAUAACAAUCACAAAACUGUAUUAAAUUGAUAAAAUACAAAUUUAAAUAGAUAAAAAUGGAUGAUAGUGUGUGUCCAAGAUGCAGGACAUCAAAAUUCCAAAACCCCUCAAUGAAAAUGAUGGUAAAUGUAUGUGGCCAUGGACUUUGCGAGAGUUGUGUGGACCUAUUAUUCUUAAAAGGUGCUGGUUCUUGCCCUGAAUGUAGAAUACCCCUUCGUAGAAACAACUUUCGCGUACAACUUUUUGAAGAUCCAGGAAUUGAGAAGGAAGUAGAUAUACGAAAAAGGGUUCUUCGGGAUUUUAAUAAAAAAGAGGAAGACUUUAAUUCUCCCAGAGAGUACAAUGAUUAUCUUGAAGAAAUAGAAACGAUUAUUUUUAACCUUACGAAUGAUAUUGAUGUAGUGAAUACAAAUAAAAAAAUUGAACAACAUAAAAGGGACAAUAGGGAACAGAUACUUAAAAAUAAAAAUAAAUUAGGGCGAGAUGAAUAUGAAUUGGAAGAAUUAUUGGAGUUAGAAAAACACCAAGAAGAAAUUCGUAGGAAUGAAGUGAAAAUGGAAGAAAUUGAAGCUAAAAAAAAGAAAAUCAGAGAAAAGGAAGCAUUAAUCGAUGAACUAAUGUUUUCCACUGGUAAUGCGAAAAGUAUUGUUGAAACUUUUGUUCAAAGUGUUAAAGAAAGUAAAGAGGAGACUAAAAUACCCCAAAAAGUUACUAAAUUCUCAACUGGAAUUCAACUUGGAAGACAACAAAAUACAUUUAUACCCAUACCUACCGACGAGGGACCUCUUUUUGUUUAUAAAGCACCAACAUUCCAAAAUGAUGGUCCUAAAUUACCAUCAGAUGAUCAAAUUUGUAAAGAUGGUUAUUUAACUCACAUUCGUUCAGAAUUAGAACAGGAACGAGCGGGAGGAUUUAAAGCAAAAAUCGCUUGUUCAAGAGCUUUACAAGAUGCAUUAUCUGGACUUUAUCACUCAAAGAAAACACCAAUAAGUUAACUAAUAAGUUAAAAGUCGUUAAUUUGUAAUUUUUUGUAUUUAUAUUUUGAUGUUAUUAAAUUGAAUUUUAGAAUUACAGUAAAAUCUCAAUAUAUGGGAUUAAUACGGGGAAGGAAAUAUCUUUUAUAGUUAAAAGUCUGUUAUAUGAAUAAUUUUUAAUUUGCACUUUCAAAAAAUAAGAGAAUAUAUAUUUGACGUCCGAUAUAUAUCGGUGUUUUACUGUAUUUCUAAUUUACUAGAUUAUAAGUA